AUGCUAGUGCGGGAAAAGAGUGGAGAAUUUGCACAAAGAUUGCGGAGUGCAGUUCGAGGUGCAAAAGAGAGGGAAAUGGGGAAUCUUGCAGAUGAAGCCCGUAGGCGAUUCCUGCAGAAACACAAAGCCCUGCUGAAUGCAUUGGAGAGCCAGUAUGAAGAGAGCCUCAGGAGAAUUGGCACUGGACACAGGAAUGCCAGGAAUGAGCCUGACUAUGCAAAGGAGGUCGAAGAAAAGGGAAAGCAACAGAGACAGGCUGCUAUGAGUCGUGGACGGCAAGCCCUGACUGAACUCCAAAACAAGGCAAGAGAAGAGAGGGACAACAUGGAGAAGCAGAAGUCCAUGACCAAGAAUGUAAGGAAGAUGGAAGACUUGAGGGCAGCAGGACUGGCAGCAAUUCAAAAGAAAAAGAUGGAAGCUGAAAACAAGGCAAAGGAAGAAAAAAGGAAAGCAAUGAAGGAAAGGGAGGAUGAAUGGCUUAGGAAAACCAGGGACCUUCCACAACCCAUUUUCUUGAGUAAUUCUGCCCCAUGUCCUGGUGGUCAAAGGACCAGAAGUGCAAUGAGAGGGAUGAAGAUAUCAAGUGAUAUGGCCAAGUCAAUGGACACUUCAGCAGAGGUGGUGCAGAACCAGGUGUUCCACCAUGCCAAAUGCCAUGGUUCUCCCUGCUCCUCACAGCAACAUGGCUGGAAAUGCCCUCGAGUCACUAUCAUCAAGAAGAGACCACAUCAUCAGAGGCAGAGUGGAGCUGACUAUGCCAAGAAAGAGGAAGCAAUCAUGAAGGAACAAAUGGAAGCCGAGGAGGAGGCAGAACAGAGGCGGGAGCAAGCGAGGGUGACAAGGGGCAACAAGGCUCUCAGACGUGAACAGCUGAAGCGAAGAUUUCAAAUCCUCCUUGCUGACAUGGAUUCUGCUCAUGACUCCCUUCUUGUGGAGAUGAAGAAACAUCCAGAACUACAUCUUCCUCCAUCAAUGAUAAGGGAGUAUGAGGAAGCAAGGCAGGUAAUGCUUGAAGAAGAGUUCUGCCAAUACCUCCAUCUACAAAUGGAAGAUGAAGGUAACUUGGUCCCAAACUCCUUGGGCUUAUCAACAACAUCAACAUCAUCUAGUGACUCCAAUUCAUCAAGGAAUGGUCCUCCUUCCUCUCAACUGUAUGAACACUUUCACAGAGAUGUUAGAAGUGAGAGUGAUGAAUCCAGCUCUAGCAAGGAAAAUGCUGCUGACCCAUCAGAGGCACUUUCUCACCACACUCUAUCUCAAUCUUCUUUCCCAAAUCAACUCUGUAAUGAUGCAAAGGAAGGACAAGUGCCCUCUGGAGAGGAGGGACUGAUGCCCUUGGGGGUUGAUUCUGAUCCCCUAUCAGAGACACUGGACUCAAUUCUUAAGAUGUUUCAAGAGGAGCUUGCAAGAAUGAAGGCUCAAGAGUCCCUCACAUCUCAGUACAACAGACAAUUUUCUCGAGUACAGAUGAAGCAUUCGGAGUACUGGGAAGAAGUGGACACUUCCGUUGGAGAUCGCAGCGAAGAAGGAGAUAUAUUGACUCAAGGACGAGAAAAGAUAAAAGUACCAGAUAAGUUGCAACCGCAGAGAGGACAGCAAGUACCAAGUGAUCAGCAACAGCCAGGAAGUUCGUCCGAUCCUAUUGGGGCCCCUCCACAAGGUCCUCCAGAACAGUACGACAAGCUGCUAAUCCCUAGUGCAAAAGCAGGAUUCAAGAAAACGGGGCAUCGAAAUGCAUGCCUUGCUAAGUGUAACUUCCCCAGGUCUCAGGGAGCUCCCAGUAGUCAGCAAUAA